UCGUGCGAGCCUUCUUCCCCCCUCUCCACUACCAAUUCCAACUUCCUAAACUCUCACCCACCUCUUUUGACGCGGCCCUCUCUCUCUCUCAUGCAUAUCGGCUCCACUGUCGCCGCUCCUCGACCCGUCUGGCCUGUCCGAACCCUCCCCCACCUCGCCGAUUCUCCCCUCAACCCCCUCGGAUGCCGACGAGCCUACAUCCAACCACUAAGAACCACCGCCACCGCCACCGCCACCGUCACCACCUCCACCGAAACCCAUCUCGCCAACCUCGAACGCCUCCUCCAGAAGCAGUCCCCUUCUCCUCCCCUCUUCGCUCCCAACCCCGGCAAUGACCCUGACCCCCCUAAUUCCACCUCCGGCGGCGGAGGCCCCCUCAGCGCCCUCAACCUGCCCUUCCUCUUCCCCUCGUCCCGCAGGCAGCCGGAGGAGAUGUCCCCCCGGAGCCUCACUGGCCUCCACCGCCUCCUCUCCGACUCCCCGCGCCCCUCCCCCCGCGGCCCCAUCGCCUCCCGCUGGCGCCACUACCACGGCGCCGCCGACUGGGCUGGCCUCCUCGACCCCCUCGACGAGAACCUCCGCCGCGAGCUCGUCCGUUACGGCGACCUCGUCCAGGCCACCUACCACGCCUUCCACUCCCGACCCGACGCCCCGGCCGACGCCCCCCGCUCCGUCGACCUCCCGGACCGCUCCUACCGCGUUACCCGUUCCCUCUUCGCUACCGCCUCCGUCGAGCUUCCCCGCUGGCUCGACCGCUUCGUCGCCCCGUGGAUGACCCAGCGCUCUAGCUGGAUUGGCUACGUCGCCGUCUGCGACAGCGACCGCGAAAUCCACCGCAUGGGCCGCCGCGACAUCGUCAUCUCCCUCCGCGGCACUGCCACCUGCCUCGAGUGGUUUGAAAAUAUCCGUGCCGGCCUUGUCCCAGUGGAUGACGGCAAGGACAAUGACGAAAAGAAUGACAAUUCGACAUCGAGGUUGCCGCAUGCACCGAAGGUGGAAUGCGGCUUCUGGAGCCUGUACAAGACGGCUGGCGACCGCUUGCCGAGCCUAUCGGCGGCGGUGGUGGAGGAGGUUCGCCGGCUCGUAAAUCAGUACAAAGGGGAGGAAUUAAGUAUCACCGUGACGGGACACAGCCUCGGGGCUGCGCUGGCGGUGCUGGUGGCUGACGAGCUGAGUGCAAGCAUACCGGACGCCCCACCGAUCGCCGUGUUCUCAUUCGGGGGGCCGCGGGUGGGGAACCGGGCGUUUGCCGACCGGGUGGAAGGUCGGGGAGUGAAGGUGCUGCGCAUAGUGAAUGCGCACGAUGUGGUGACGAGGGUACCAUUAGGUGUGGCGCCGCCGGAGGCGGCGGAGAGGCACCUUGGCGGCAAUUGGUGGCCGGCAAAAGUCUUGGAGGGGAUGGAUGGUUACACCGACGUCGGGAGCGAGCUGAGGGUGGACAGCCGGGCGUCGCCGUACCUGCGGCCGGAUGCCGACCCGGCGUGCUGCCAUGACCUGGAGGCGUACCUCCACCUGGUGGACGGCUUCAUGGGGACCAACUGCCCCUUCCGGUCCAAUGCCAAGAGGAGUUUGGCCCGGUUGCUCAGCCAGCAAGGAGGCAAUGUCAAGAAGCUCUACAUGAGCAAGGCCCGGGAACUCCAGGUGGGCCAGCUCGACCCGUCCGCCGCCGGCGGCGGUGGCGGCGCGUUUUCCACCGUCUCGGGCUGCCUCGCCAGCCCAUCGUCAUGAGUGGCGUCAAAGAAGCGCGUUAUGUUUACGUGCAUUAAAGAUUAAUGAAGUAUGGAUGGAUCAUUCAGUCAAUUAUUAUUAUAUGCAUGCCAAAGGUGGUGAACAAGAAAUUGGUGAACAGAGGUGGAUGGGUACGUAUGUACAUAUGUAAGCAGUCAUACCAAACUUGUAUAUCAAAUUCUUUUAGUAGUCAAUUGUAGAUGUUUCA